CGCUCCCGCGAAGCUAGUGUUGAGCCCCGAAGUCACGGCAGAAGCGUCAAACCGCGCCAGGACGAGGAGGAGAGCUUCCUGCUGGAACAACAACAACAACAACAACAAGAUAAAAAGAAGAUAAAAAUAUUAAAACAACACGGGGAGAGAUGCACUGAGAUGACAGCGCAGGGAGGAUCAUGACAUGUGCCGUCGCUUCACAGGAAGGUCACUCCCGAAAAACAUAAGCGGUGCGCAGACUGUGCACGGAUAUUUGGAGUAAAUGCACUCCGCUGCAAUUGAAAGAGCACAGCACACAGUGAGACAUUGACCCGGCUUUUUAUUCCAAGAAACGCGGCAUGGGGGAAUUACAUCCCGACAAGGCAGCACAGGCUAGAAGAUCUGACGAGCGAAAGGAGGACGGCGACUGAGAAGCCUGCAGGAGAGAGGAACUGCAUAACUGGCUGGUUCUCCGCGUCCGUAAGCCGGCAGGCUCCCGUUUUGCAGCUGAUGACUGUCCUUCAGGUGGCUGGUCUGCAGGGCUGAGUGUGUUUGCUGAGGUGCUGCCCCAGCUUGUAUGUUGGUCACUUACAUUUGCACUCCCUCACAAGGACCAUGUGGUCUCUAAGGAGAAGUUGUCUCCCCUCACAGACCUGGAGCAGUUCCCACAGUUGCGCCGGUUUCAGCGUGUCCUUGUGGGUGUUAAGUUUUUGUUGGUCCUUUGCGGCCGUGAGAGGACAGAACUACCACCCUACUGUGAACACACAGUAUGGGAAACUACGAGGGGUGAGGGUGCCUCUGCUAAGUGAGAUCCUGGGGCCGGUGGAUCAGUAUCUGGGGGUUCCAUACGCUGCCUCCCCAGUGGGAGAAAAACGUUUUAUGCCUCCCGAGCCUCCUUCUUCCUGGUCAGGGAUCAAGAACGCCACCCACUUUGCUCCCGUCUGCCCUCAAAAUAUUCACAAUGCCGUGCCAGAGAUCAUGAUGCCAAUAUGGUUCACCUUCAACCUGGAUAUAGUUACCACGUAUAUACAGGAUCAACAUGAGGAUUGUCUGUAUUUAAACAUCUAUGUUCCAACAGAGGAUGUCAAAAGAAUAUCCAAGGAAUGUGCCAGGAAACCCAACAAGAAAAUGUGUAGAAAAGGAGGGGCCCAUGCAAAAAAACAGGGCGAGGAUUUAUCGGAUAACGACGGUGAUGAAGAUGAAGACAUACGAGAUACUGGUGCCAAGCCCGUGAUGGUCUACAUCCAUGGAGGGUCCUACAUGGAGGGGACGGGCAACAUGAUCGAUGGGAGCGUCCUGGCCAGCUAUGGAAAUGUCAUUGUUAUCACUCUCAACUACCGCGUCGGAGUCCUCGGCUUCCUCAGUACUGGUGACCAGGCCGCUAAAGGGAACUACGGGCUCCUGGACCAGAUCCAGGCUUUGAGGUGGAUUAGUGAGAACAUCGGCUUCUUCGGUGGAGACUCCAACCGCAUCACUGUGUUUGGCUCUGGGAUUGGAGCGUCCUGUGUCAGCCUGCUCACCCUCUCCCAUCACUCUGAAGGUCUGUUCCACAGAGCCAUCAUUCAGAGCGGGUCAGCACUCUCAAGCUGGGCCGUGAACUACCAGCCAGUCAAGUAUACUCGUCUCCUGGCAGAGAAGGUGGGCUGUAAUGUCCUGGACACCUUAGACAUGGUGGACUGUCUGAGGAAGAAGAGCUCCAGGGAGCUGGUGGAGCAGGACAUACAACCUGCGAGGUACCACGUGGCCUUUGGACCCGUGAUCGACGGCGAUGUUAUUCCUGAUGACCCCGAGAUCCUGAUGGAGCAGGGCGAGUUCCUCAACUAUGACAUCAUGCUGGGGGUGAACCAGGGCGAAGGGCUGCGGUUUGUGGAGAACGUGGUGGAUUCAGAGGAUGGCGUGUCCGGAAAUGACUUUGACUUCUCCGUCUCAGACUUUGUGGACAGUCUGUACGGGUACCCCGAGGGUAAGGACACGCUGAGGGAGACCAUUAAGUUCAUGUACACAGACUGGGCGGAUAGAGACAAUCCAGAAACCAGACGCAAAACGCUGGUGGCGCUGUUCACCGAUCACCAGUGGGUCGAGCCAUCAGUGGUGACGGCCGAUCUCCACGCUCGCUAUGGCUCUCCCACCUACUUCUACGCCUUCUAUCACCACUGCCAGAGCCUGAUGAAGCCUGCCUGGUCCGAUGCCGCCCACGGGGAUGAAGUGCCAUACGUUUUUGGAAUUCCUAUGAUUGGUCCCACCGACCUUUUUCCCUGUAACUUUUCUAAGAACGAUGUCAUGCUCAGUGCCGUGGUAAUGACCUACUGGACCAACUUUGCCAAGACCGGGGAUCCCAACAAACCGGUUCCCCAAGACACCAAGUUCAUUCACACCAAGGCCAACCGCUUUGAAGAGGUGGCCUGGUCCAAGUACAACCCCCAGGACCAGCUGUACCUGCAUAUCGGCCUAAAGCCACGUGUGCGUGACCACUACCGUGCCACCAAAGUGGCUUUCUGGAAACAUCUAGUGCCCCACCUGUACAACCUCCAUGAUAUGUUUCACUACACGUCCACCACAACCAAAGUGCCCCCGCCAGAGACCACGCAGAACACCCUCUCCACCAAGAGGCCCAACGGGAAAACCUCCUGGCCAUUCAACACCAAGCGGCCUCCUAUGUCCCCGGCCUACAACAGCGAGGACGAAGACUCGACAGGCCCACUGGUGGUGGAGAAUCCACGGGAUUAUUCCACAGAGCUCAGUGUCACCAUCGCUGUUGGAGCUUCACUGCUGUUCCUCAACGUGCUGGCCUUCGCAGCCCUCUACUACCGCAAGGACAAACGGCGGCAAGACUCCGGCCUUGGGCAGCCCAGCCCACAGCGCCAGACCACCUCCAAUGACAUUGGCCACCACGCGCCCGAGGAGGAGAUCAUGUCGCUGCAGAUGAACCAGACGCACCAUGAGUGUGAGGCAGGGAAUAGCAACGAGGGGGCACUUCGCUUGGCCUCGCUGCCCGACUACACACUUACUCUGCGGCGCUCUCCUGACGACAUCCCCCUCAUGACCCCCAACACGAUCACCAUGAUCCCCAAUUCCCUGGUGGGAAUGCCCAACCUGCACCCCUACAACACCUUCACAACCGGCUUCAACUCCACCGGCCUGCCGCACUCCCACUCAACCACCCGUGUAUAGCUUUAGGAGGCCAUGGGCAGCUGGUGCAGGCGGGAAGGGGGAUGUGAAGGUGGAGGAGGACGAGCAGGCAGAUGAACAAAUGGAGGAGAAGAUUGUGUUUUAUAAAUAUCACAGGGAGGGGGAGGGGAAGGGCAGGAGUCAGAUUAAAAUGUGAAGAGAUUUAACUAGACUUUUACAAUGAGGAGAGUUGCUGAGAGCUCUCUGUGGAUGUCAAGUUGUGCAGAGCUGCCAAAAUCAAACUGCUUCCCUUCUCCUGAAAGGGGGAAGGGGGUUUUCUGCAGUGUUUUUUUCUAAAAUAAUCAUUUUAAAAGCCUUUUUAAGCAGACUGUGGAUAUAUCAACACUGUUUUUUUUCUUGAAUUCAUUACAGUUAUAAAGAAAAGUGCUUUUUAUUUUCCACCCCUUCCUCCUGCGGGAGACACAUCUAGAACAAUGGCCUCUAAGUCAGUAUUUGCAAAAUGUUUUUAAUUGCUUCUUUUUUGUUUUACGUUUCAAUGCCUUACAAAGCUCGUUCUGUUUUGUCAUUAUUUCUAUUCCCUCAGACUAUUCCAAGUGGACUGCAUUACAAGCAGAUGAGACGCAAAAGAUGAGAGACUAAAUCCAGGAUGGGAACCUUGAGGAUAUGCAGAUGUAGAGAUUUUAAACUUGUUAUGGGCAACUCUUUUUCUUUUUUUCUUUCUUUCUGUUGCAUACCAACACAGCAACAGCCACAAAAAUGUGCUUUUUAUUCUUUUUUUUAAGCUCGUAUAGAAAUGAUUUGUGUGGGAUAGCACUUGCUGAGAGAAGGCAAAGAUAAAUAUGUUAACUGUGAUUGUUUUGUUAAGAAAAAGUGCAUCUUUUACAGCCAACUUAUCUGUUAAGCUAUCUGAUAUUCCGAUAUUAUCUCCACGAAGUGUGCACAUACACAUGCUGCUUAGAGCACCUGUGUGUCUGUGUGCAUGUGAAAAUGAUUUCUCAUUCCCUGCGUGCAAGUGAGGUUUACAGGCGGAGAUCAAGAACGAGACACAUUGUCGUAACUUGCGAAUGCAAGAGCAAUGUGUGUGCGUGUGUGUGUGUAUGUGCGUGUGUGUCCUUUUCUUUUCUUUUUUGUCAGUUGUAUAAUGUGGUUUUGGGGAGGGAGGGGGUGGGAGGGUACUUUCUCAUGUUGAUUUUGGUUCAUCACCAGUAGUGUUUCUGCUGCGUCUCUGGGUGUCUGUCUUUGCGAAAUAGCUCUUUUGUUAUUUUCAAAGUUAUAUAUGUCUAAUUUUGCUUAAAGAUUUCAGAAUAAAUCUAUUAUUUUAUGUGUAAGAGAAAAAAAAAAUAGCUAAAGAUUCAACUGAACUAACUGACAUGAUUCCAUUGACUUUGUAAGAGUUCCUCUUCGGAUGCAGACAGGGGCCUGUUUGCACUGAAUAAACCUACAUCAGUGCACACUUGUAUUUCUUUGAAUUAUAUAUAUAUAUAAAUAUGGGCAUACAUACAUAUAUGUAUAGGGCUUCUGUGGAGACACUGCUCCCACCUACAAAUCAAUUAAAAACACUGUUCAGAUUAAAAAAGCACCAACAGAAAUAUUUUCAACCAAUUGUUGUUGUUUGAAACAUCCCAAGCCUAGACAGCUCUAGGUGUCUUUAUAAGAGCUCUAUAUGUAUAUUUAUGUAUAAAAUAUUUAAUAUUUAUUUAUGUAUACCAGAUGCAUACAUGCUGAUUGUGCCAUGUGCCAAAUUAAAUCUGUAAAAAAAAAAACAUGAAAUAUAAAGUUUCACUAAACUUUGUUUUCUUUUUUUAUCAAAGAUAUUUUACUCCCUUUUGUGUGUUUUUUUUAUUUUUUUUUAUUUCAAUUUGAGUGAUUUUACGCAGAUACAUUCUUGCAGCAAGUGCAAGCCUCCCCCCCAGGACUUCCUCUUUACCUUCCCUCUCUCUCUCUCUCUCUCCUCCUCCUCCUCCUGACUCUCUUCAUUUCUCUUGCUGAAACCUUUGAGAAAAACAGGCUAACAGCUGGGGGCCCAUCAUGCAUAACACCAGAUCUUACUGUAAUUCAUGCAAAGUAGUGGCACAGCAAAAGGGAUAUUGUGGAAAGAUUGCCUUGAUGUACUCACAUUGCAUCCUGUUAUGUGUUAUUCUCUGGGAGAAGCUGGAGUUAUUGAUGCUUUGAGAAGAACUGACUAUUUCAUGAAGCAUCCUGGAAUAGCAGUCUCUGGUGUUACAGUGAAGCACAGUAAAGUGACCUGUCCAGUGAUCCUCGCUGUUGCAAAUUCUUAGACACUUCAUGCACAUAGACCUCACCAUCUCUGUGAAGCAUCCCAUUACACCUUCCCCCGCUAUUUAAUGAUUUGACACACAGCAGAGUGAAAACCACAAUCUGGUCAGCUCAUCACUGAACCUGCCAGUGACAGACAAAAACCAUGGGGUUAUUUGAGGGAAAUGCUAUAGCUCGGAGACUAUAUAUGAGUCAUGCUGUAUUUGCUCAUCAGCAUUUGACUGAGCCGCAGCCGCUAAAGAAACACACAGUUGACUUCCACCCAGAGCUUUCACAUACACAGAGAAAACCUUUAAUAAUGUCUCGGUGACUGUGCUCAUGUAGGAGUCACUAAUAUCAGCAGAACCUUGUUUUCAGGCAGACAAUGAGCAGACAUCAGAAAGAGAGUAGUAUUUUAAUGAGCUAUUUUUCACACUCGACUGCAAAGUGAACGCGAACCGUUCUUUUUUUGGUUUAUGUUUCCCAAAGUCUGAAAAACAUACUCCAACACUCAUCCGAACGAAUUUGUGAAUUACUGGAUAUUGUUGAAUCUAAUCAAGCAGAAAGUUUUGGUUUUGAAAAAGCAAAAAGAGAUUUCUGCAACAACCCUGAUACAGUCAAAGUAAAUGGGAUUUUGACAUUUAAAAAAAAAUAAUAAUCAAGAUAAAACAUGUCCUCGUUGCUCUCUGUCUUGGAGUAUUUAUUUUCAAAUUAAAAAUGGAUCAAAUGACUAUGUGUAUGUAACAGGGAACCACUGACUCUACAUGGGUAACAGCUCCCAAAAGUGAAGAAAUAUCACAUGGAUCACCUCUUUUAUUGGUUGGCUGCACUACUGGGCAGAAGUCCCCAAUGCCUCCAUAGAAGAUGAAACAUAAAUAUAUAUACAGUAUUUUUUAAUUUCUAUGAUGUUUUCAUUUGAGAAACAAUGCAAUGUUCCCUACAGAGUUAAUAAAGUUACCUCCAGUCUCCAGUAGGCAGCUGUUUUUGGCAACUGAGCUCAAUUAAUUUUGAAAUGUGAUGUGUAAAUAAGCAACAGUUUGCUAUAAUAAUUUUUGAAUAUAAAUUCUAAGGCAUUAGAUGCACAGAAAUGAUUCAUAAAUACUAUGAGCAUGGCUGGUUUGCCACUGAAUGCUAUGAUUCAUAGCCAACUUGUUGUUGUUGUUUUUUUCUUGCAAUGAGUUCACCUGAUGUACCUUGAAGAGUUCUGGUCAAAUGUCCCUUUAGACCAAAUUAUCAAAUAAUCAAAGUCAACUGGUCCCUUGUCUCAUUCGUCUGCAGUGGUUGGAGGUUAGUUUCCAUUGGCUGCGAUACACACACACACACACACACACACUGUGGCACAGGGCUAAAAAUUGAGUGGUGGAGUUGAGAGUGAACUAUCAAAGGGAAGAAAUGUCAUGGGAGGGCAACCUAUUUUUUGCCAUGUAAUUUCCCCAUAUGCUGUUAAAGCAGAGCAGAUGUCACUGAGUAUUGGCAGGGGUAGACCUGGUGGCCUCUGGGACCAGGUUUGGGAUACACGACCCUGUGAAGAGCCACUUAAUUAUGUGUCGGACCACAGGGAUAGACCAUUGAAACUGCAGUGGUGUGGUGCACUGAGAGAAAACAGGGUCAGACUAUCUUCUAUAAUCAGAAAAAAAAAAAAAGAAUUCCACACUCAGACACCUGAAGUCUUAAAAAAUGUGUUCAAACUUCUGCAGGGAAGAAUAACCACCAGUCAAAAAAUGGGACAGUUAUGAGUGAGACACUUUCGCUCAGUCGAGAUUUGUUUGCAGUUCAGUGAGUAUGUUUUGAAAGUGACAUCAUUGAAGAAUUGGCUGGAAUACCCCGAUGGGGCUUGUGACUGCCUCGACAGCACUGAAGACAAACUCAGCCUAGGAAAUGGAUGUGCCAAAUUACACAGUACCGCCCGCUGGGAGAGUGCUGCAGGUGUGUGUAGUGAGAAUUUUAUUUCUACCGCAGUGAGCAUGUUGUUACCUACAUUUCCUCUCACUCUCUUUCUCACCCUCAUCCCUCUUUCUCUUCCUGUGUAACAUUCGUCUCUUUCCCCUUCUUAUUCCCCCCCUUCCCCCCCGCAAAAUUCAGCCUGAGCAACUCUACCUCUGUUUCACACAGACACAACUUGAUCGUUAUCUCCUUCUUCUACUUUGUAAGUGCCAUAAUCUGCACAACUCGCUCAUUUCCAAUCAUUAAAGGUCUAAUUUUCUCAAAUUGCUGAGUUUCUCUGCAGACUAAGAAGCUAAUGAACAUUACUUAUUGGGAGACAGAGUGGAACCAGUCACUGAACCAAAACUCUUGUACUAAAUUUAAAUAGCCUGUUUUUCUCCAAAGGGAAAUCAUUUUGCAUUUUGUCAGAACAUCAAUAAACUAUUAUUUCCAUGUGAAAAAUGCACUCCUGAUGAUUUUCUUUUGUACCAACAGAGCAUUAGACAAAGUUUUCCAAACUGGAGCUUUUUUGGUGUCAUCAAACCACGGUAAUAUAACACAUUCUCCACCAGAGGUCUGAACUGAAAUCACUUAAACCAAUUGUGUUUGAGCCCAAAUACAACAUGAUAAAUCUCUGUUAUCUCAGUGUCACUGUACAGAUAUGUUCAUGUCCAUAGAAUGUAUUUAUAAUCACACAAAGUGGAGUAAUCAAAAUAAAUAUCUAUUCUUUGUGUA